UUCAUUGAUAGUGGGCGAAAGCCAUCUAACAACAAGUUGAUCUCUUUUUCCUCCUUCCUCAAUCACUUUCUAAUGCACCAUUUCAACUCAACGGCGAGCGCAUUGUUAUUUUCGUAAUAUUAUUCCAAUGCAUUUUCUUGAGCUGUGACUCUUUCAAGAAGCUAGAAAAUGUUUAUCUACGACCUUCAUUUCAUGGAAAGACGAGAGCUGUGUAACAUUCUCAACCAAAAUGAGAAGUGGAAAGAGCUUGCUGCUGGCAAACUCAUGAAUUUGCCUACGCAUGAAAUCAGUUGUCUUGGCAGGCAGACUGACCCAACCGAAUCACUUCUGGAAAUAAUGGAACAGAAAAAUCACACAGUGCAAGAGCUCUUCGUUUGUCUUUACGAAAUGGAUCAUUACCGAGCGAUGGCAGUGCUCAAAAAACACAUUGACGAAAAGUACCACGGUCUAAUUAAAGAGGGUGACAAUAGUUUGACCAGACUUUUAAGCUCGAUGAAAAAAUCAGAAACGACACCAAAAGAAUUAAAUUGUUAUGAGGGUGCGACAGGAGGUGAUGAUUUAAACAUUAAGGGUAGCUACGACCUUGCUGAUAACAAACUCGGAGAGAAAAAACUCAAUAUUGUGUUACCGAGUAGGAAUGAAGCAAAAAACCACAGUGGGGAGGCGAGGUCGAUAAGUCCAGCAAAAUCAAGCUCGGGAGAAUUUCUCUCAAGAGAAUCAAAUAUCCAGACGGAAGAUAUUAAGCGGUCCAUAAGCGAAAUUCCGUUUCACGAGCUUGAGCGAGCGACUGAAAACUGGAGCGAGAGAAACAUUUUAGGGAAAGGUGGAUUUGGUACGGUCUACCAGGGCGAGUGGAAGAACACAAAAGUCGCUGUCAAAGUAUUCAAAAAGCGACCCGAGAGUGGCAAUGACAGAAAUGAGGCGCAAAUGGAACAACUCAUCAGGGAAAUGCAAAUUUUGGACUCGAUUAGGCAUGACAAUAUUUUAUCUGUGUACGGAUUUUCGUUUGGACACGGCUCUGCUCCGUGCAUUGUCUACCAGUUGAUGGAGAAUGGCUCCCUGGAAGACAGACUGCAAUGCAAAAGAGGUUCUGCGCCUUUGACGUGGUAUCAGAGAUUUGAAAUCACCAGAGGAACUGCAAGGGGGCUGCAAUUUUUGCACACAAAGGGUGAAAAGCCGCUCAUCCAUGGGGACAUCAAAAGUGCAAAUAUUUUAUUGGACGCCAACUAUAAGCCGUACAUAGGUGAUUUUGGUUUGGCUAGAGAAGGGCCAAUCCACACGCUGACACACUUGACAGUGCUCAAUGUCAAUGGCACGAAACCUUAUCUACCCCAUGACUACCUAAUGUCCAGGCAAAUUUCCACUAAAGUAGACGCAUACAGUUUUGGAAUUGUUAUGUUUGAAAUUGCAACAGGAAAGCGGGCAUAUGACAGAAAACGUAAACCAGAAGCAUUGAAAGAUAUUAUGAGGGAUGAGCCCAAUCCAGAAAGGCUCAUGGACUGUGCAGGUAGUCAGCUGGACCCGUAUGACCAAAUUUUCCCACGGCAAAUUUUCAACGAACUUGUCCGGCUUGGCAGAAUGUGCACUGCAGAAAGGGCAAAGGUGCGACCUGAGGUGCUGGAGGUACUGCAAGCCCUUGAGAGGUUGAAUGUGCCAAGUAGGGGCCCUAGCGUGGCAUCACAAUACCCUCUCAGUCCAUCUCCUUUUGACUUGCAAAGGUUUUACGACAUCCGAAACAGCGGAGAAUUUAAUAUGAACGGCCAGCGCCUGUUAAUGUCAAGGAUGAGCUAUCAGUAUGCACCGGCCAGUCCGUCGAUAAACAUCCCUGAGUUUGCAGUUUCGACGCGCUCAACUCUCCCCACACCGAACCCCUUCCCCUCUCCAGUUUCGCCUCAGCGUUUCCCAUCCAGCAUCGAAGGCCCUCCCCUUCUGAUGGUGCACCAUGUGCAGCAACCCAUGCACAAUUUGCCAAAACCUGUGGCCGAGUCUCCUCUUUUGCAAUACCAAAAUACACAGCCGCCUCCAAUUCAAGUGGAGAGCCCUGAUUUGCUCCCUGCCGUUCUUCCUGGCGGAGAAGCUGCACAUAAGGACACAGAGUCUUCCCAGGACUUGUUACCACUCCUGACUGCCUUGGGAUUGAAAACAAAUGAGGUCGACAAAGAUAAGGAUGAGGUAAUUUCUUCAGACGAUGAAAAUGUCGAAGAUGAUUGAAUUUAUAACUCCGUACUUUAAAGAAUUAAAAUAUGUAUAUAUUUUUUUAUUAUGUGAAGAACGAUUUUUUUAAGUUACCUCCUGAAUACGCAAGGGUGAAAAUAGGCUACAAGUAGCUGUUUGUUUCAGAGUAACAAAAAAAAAUCACAAGAAAAAUUUAUUCACUGCUUGUUUUUUUGUGAGAAUUUAUCAAAUAUUAAAUUAUUUAUUUUAAUUAACCAUAAACAAGUCUGUCAAGACAGGAAUUUAGUUUCACUUUGGGUAGUUCAAGGCGCUCAGGCUUGCGUUUGGCUGAGACCGUCGCAAUGAGAUGCUAUUGUCGUUAGCAGCCUGACUUACCUGGCUCAUGUCCUGCUGCAGGAAUUGAACAUUUUCCGCAUCACUUGUGGCAAUAUCG